CUUAAACUGUCCCCAAUGGUGCGUCAGGAGACGGAUUUUAUAUCGGCUAAUGUUGGCGAUAGCGUGACAUUACAGUGUUUCUAUGAAGAUGAUGUCGCAGCAAUGUUCUUCUGGUAUAAGCAAACUCUGGGACAGAAACCAAGGCUCAUCUCAACCUUCUAUAAGCAUGAUAAAAAUGCCACAUUUAUUGAUGAAUUAAAAAACGAUCCACGAUUCACACUGGAAUCUAAAAAUGGAAAGUAUCACUUGACAAUCUCGAAGUUACGCAUUUCUGACUCGGCUACUUACUACUGCAUAAGUAUCUAUGCCUACCAGUUUCAAUUUGCCGAGGGCACAACUGUCGAUGUAAAGGGUUCAGGUUUGAAGAUCCAAGCUACAGUCCAUCAGUCAGCAUCUGAGACCAUCCAGCCAGGAGGCUCUGUAACUCUCAACUGUACAGUACACACUGGGACCUGUGAUGGAGAACACAGUGUUUACUGGUUCAAGAAGUCGGAAGAAUCUCAGCCAGGACUCAUUUACACCCAUGGAGGCAGGAAUGAUCAGUGUGAGAGGAAACCCAACACACAAACACACACCUGUGUCUACAACCUGCCUAUCAAGAACCUGAGUCUUUCUCAUAAUAUGACCUACUACUGUGCUGUUGCCUCAUGUGGACACAUUCUGUUUGGAAACGGGACCAAGCUGGAGUUAGAGGAUAAGGUGGAAUCGCCCGAAUCUCUUGUGUAUUUCUUGAGCGCAGCUUUGGCUUUCACCACCAUCCUGGUUGUUUUAUUGGCUUUCUCGGUGUACAAGGUGAACAAGAGAAACAGCUGCCAAUGUAAAGAGUGUCAAACAGCUUCCAACACAGCAAAUGCAGAGGGUUACCAAGAUGUAGACAACCUCCAUUAUGCUGCGUUAAGGGAUCCCAGGACCAACAGAUCAAGAAAAGUUAGAGACAACACCGUCAGUGAAUGUGUGUACUCCAGCGUAAGGCAGUAGAACUGGACAUGUUUCAUUUGUACUUGGUUUUUUGGUAGGCUGGGAUUUUGUCAACACUUUAACAUAUCGUCGCCCAUCUGCC